AUGCUGGUAGGACUGAUAGGAGCCAGAGGGACAGGAAAGAAGACGAUCGCGAGGGAGCUAGUGACCCAGCAUUCCUUCCGAGAACUCUCCAUCUCCACCUCCACCUCCUCCACAUCGACAACCGAAACGAAGAAGAAGGACGAGCGGAAGAUCGUCUUCUCAUCAGCCCAAGAACUGCUCGACUUCUUCACCUCUAAUUGGACCCAUGACUUCGUCACCUUGGAUCUUCGCUCCAAGGCCGAUAUCUUGCCGUUCCUUAAACGCCCCGCUUUCGUCUUGGUCUUCGUUCAGGCUAGGAUCUUCGAUCGGUGGAAUAGAAUUCUUUCCAUCUCUUCUGAUCCCUCCCUCCUAAGCUUCGAGGAGUUUGUAAGAGAAGAUGAUGAUCUACAAUUUGGGACGAGAAGAAAGGCAGCAGAUGGAGAAGGAUUAGGGAGGGAGACAACGGAGAGGAAGCCAACAAAUGGAAAUCAACUCAAAGGACAACUAGAGAAAAUGAAAGUAACAGGUACUGGACCAGAAGAAGAAGAAGCGGACGAAGAAGAAGAAGGAGGAGGAGGAGGAGGAAGAGCGAGUUCGUUUGGCUCGCUGAGCGACCUGGCCUCAUAUACGAUCACCAAUGACCUCCCUCUAUCCGCCUUCCUUUCCUCCCUAUACCAGCGUCAUCUGCCCGAAAUACGCAAAUCUAUCCGGCCGUGUUGGGACUCUUAUUUCACGCAACUCGCCAAUCUCGCCUCUCUUCGAAGCAAUUGCAUGAAACGCAGAGUCGGCGCGGUCUUGGUGACCGUCGACAAACGCGUCCUUAGUACUGGCUAUAAUGGAACCCCUCGUGGAAUGCAUACAGUAGUCGCAGGAUGUGGAGUGAAUUUAGAAGAAUGUUUAUGUUUACAUGCGGAGGAGAAUGCGUUACUAGAAGCCGGCCGAGACCGGAUCACUAACUCGACUCUUUAUUGUAACACAGGUAGCAUCAAAAUCGUGCAAUGUGGGGUCAAAGAAGUCAUCUAUUCUCAAUCGUAUUCGAUGGACCAACUCGCCCAAAAAAUCUUCCUUGAAGCAGGUAUCAAACUUCGUCAAUUCAACUAG